AUGAAGCUGCAGGCGGUCGCCGCCGGCAUUCCUUGGCCCUCGGCCUCGCCGUUCACUUCUUCGGCGAAGCGGCCGUGCAUGGUGGCGGCGUCAACCUCCUCGAAGGCCGCAGCAUUCCCGAUGCUGAGAGAUGAUCAUCCACCUCCGCCGACGUCCGUAGCGAUCAAGGAGCGGUGGCGAGAAUACCAGGGAGACAACAACUGGGAAGGUCUCCUCGACCCGCUGGACUCCGGCCUCCGGUCGGAGAUCCUCCGGUACGGCGAGUUCGCCCGUGCCGCCUAUACCUGCUUCGACUUCGACCCCUCAUCGCCCACCUACGCCACCUGCCGCUUCCCUAAAGGCUCCUUCCUCCCCUGCGCCGGCCUUCCGGAUACCGGUUACCGCGUCACCCGCCACCUCACAGCCACCUCAGGCAACGCCCCCUGGCUUCCCUUCUCUCCCCGCACCGCCUGGAUCGGCUACGUGGCCGUCUGCGACGACGCAGAUGAAAUCGACCGUCUCGGCCGCCGCGACAUCGUCGUCGCCUUUCGCGGUACUGCCACGGUCCUCGAGUGGGCGGAGAACCUCCGGGCCACGCUGACCCACCUCGGCCCGGUGGCCCCCCGCGCGGCCGAGCCAAUGGUGGAGAGCGGCUUCUGGAGUCUCUUCACCUCCGGCCACCGGAGCCUCCGCGACCAGGUCCGGUGCGAGGUGCGCCGCCUCCUCGACAAGUACUCCCGCGGGCCAGCGCCGCCAGUCAGCCUGACGAUCACCGGCCACAGCCUGGGGGCGGCGCUCGCGGUGCUGACGGCCUACGACGUCACGACGGCGCUGGAAGACGAGGGCCCGUCGACGACGACGGUGGUGUCGUUCGGGGGUCCGAGGGUUGGCAACGCGAGCUUCCGACGGGGGCUGGAGGAGGCCGGCACUAAGGUUCUCCGGAUCGUUAACACCGACGACAUCAUCCCGAAGGUGCCUCCGGCUGGGUUCGUGGCGGAGAAAGAACAGGGGGCGGCGGAAGCGGUGGAAACAGAGGAGGAGGAAUCAGGGGCAGGGUGGCGGCUGCCGAACUGGCUAGCGUCGAAAACGGGAUGGGCGUACGCGGACUUGGGGAGGGAGCUGCGGCUAAGCAGCGGACGGCGCACCGGCAAUGUGGUGGCUUGUCAUGACCUCGGCCUCUACCUCAACCUGGUCGACCAGCUCAGUUCCGGCGGCGCCGGCGGUUGUCCUCUGUGCCCGUCGCUCGCCAACGCCAUAAGAACGAAUUAA